AUGUGGAUACUACCAUUAGUAGGGUAUCUGGGAGUGAUAAUAGGAUUCUGCUUUCUCACUUUAGCCAUAGCUCGCCGGCUUUUAUCUCGCCUGAUAUACGGCAUAAUAACGAUCCAGAUUCUGCUCCUUCUUGUGGACAAAUUCCCCUUCUCACUCUCCCUCCUCAGUAUCGGCUCCCACAUCGUCUACGCAAGCAAUCUCCGCCGCUUUCCCAUAGUGAAACUCUCAGACCCGUUUUUCAUCCUUUCCUGUUUCCUCGUUGGCCUCAACCACUGGCUAUGGUUCCAGCACUUUUCGAAGCCCACCACACUGCAAAGGAGCUCUACGAGCUGGCGACAGCCGUAUAAUGUUAGCCCCAACGACAUGCCGACGUUUACAGAAGUGGCGUCAUACUUUGGACUCUGCGUGUGGCUAGUGCCUUUUGCGCUGUUUGUUAGUCUGAGUGCGGGAGAGAACGUGCUGCCCACCAUGGGAUCUGAAUAUGCAACUGGCAAACCGGUUCCCACGGCGGGGUUGAGUCGGGGCUCUCUAGGUGCUGAUGGUAAGAAUAAGAACAAGGGCAUGGCGAAGGCGUUAGUUGAUGGUGUGCGCGAGUGGGUUAGUGAAAACGGGGAAUUGAUGGGGUUCUGGAAAGGUGAUCGUGCAAAGAGUUUCUAG